UGAACCUAAGAUGGUAAGCGAGAGUCAUCAUGAGGCACUGGCAGCCCCGCCAGUUACCACUGUUGCAACUGUUCUUCAGAAUAAUGCCACAGAGCCAGCCAGUCCUGGAGAAGGAAAAGAGGAUGCUUUUUCUAAGCUGAAGGAGAAGUUUAUGAAUGAGUUGCAUAAAAUUCCACUGCCACCAUGGGCCUUAAUAGCCAUAGCCAUAGUCGCGGUCCUUUUAGUCCUGACCUGCUGCUUUUGUAUCUGCAAGAAGUGUUUGUUCAAAAAGAAAAACAAGAAGAAGGGGAAAGAAAAGGGAGGAAAGAAUGCCAUUAAUAUGAAAGACGUGAAAGACUUAGGGAAGACCAUGAAAGAUCAGGCCCUUAAGGAUGAUGAUGCUGAGACCGGAUUGACUGAUGGGGAAGAGAAAGAGGAACCCAAAGAAGAGGAGAAAUUGGGAAAGCUUCAAUAUUCCCUGGAUUAUGACUUCCAGAAUAACCAGCUUCUCGUAGGGAUCAUCCAGGCUGCUGAGCUGCCUGCCCUAGACAUGGGGGGAACCUCUGAUCCCUAUGUGAAGGUGUUUCUGCUGCCUGACAAAAAGAAGAAAUUUGAGACAAAAGUCCACCGGAAAACCCUGAAUCCUGUCUUCAAUGAACAAUUUACUUUCAAGGUCCCAUACUCUGAGUUGGGUGGCAAAACUCUGGUGAUGGCCGUGUAUGAUUUUGACCGCUUCUCCAAGCAUGACAUCAUUGGAGAAUUCAAAGUCCCCAUGAACACAGUGGAUUUUGGUCACGUAACUGAGGAAUGGCGUGAUCUGCAAAGUGCUGAGAAGGAAGAGCAAGAGAAACUUGGCGACAUCUGCUUCUCCCUUCGCUAUGUUCCCACUGCUGGUAAACUGACUGUGGUCAUUUUGGAGGCAAAGAACCUGAAGAAGAUGGAUGUGGGAGGCUUAUCUGAUCCUUAUGUCAAGAUUCAUCUGAUGCAAAAUGGCAAGAGGCUGAAGAAGAAAAAGACAACCAUUAAGAAGAACACUCUCAACCCCUACUACAAUGAGUCAUUCAGUUUUGAAGUUCCUUUUGAGCAAAUCCAGAAAGUGCAAGUGGUGGUAACUGUUUUGGACUAUGACAAGAUUGGCAAGAACGAUGCCAUCGGCAAAGUCUUUGUGGGCUACAACAGCACCGGCGCAGAGCUGCGACACUGGUCAGACAUGCUGGCUAACCCCAGGCGACCCAUUGCCCAGUGGCACACUCUACAGGUAGAGGAGGAAGUGGAUGCCAUGCUGGCAGUCAAGAAGUAGAGGGAAGAAGAAGCCUUUCUGCAUUUGCCCACAUAGUGCUCUUUAGCCAGUAUCUGUAAAUACCUCAGUAAUAUGGGUCCUUUCAUUUUUCCAGCCAUGCAUUCCUAACACAAUUCAGUGGUACUUCAGAUUUAAUUUGCACAAAUUUAAGUGUAGAGAGCCCCUAUGCCCUUCAUCCUGCCACUGCCCUCCAAAUCAACUCUUCUUUUAAGCAAUAUGAUGUGUAGAUAGAGCAUGACUGAAAUUAUUUAUUGUAUCACACCGUUGUAUAUACCAGUAUGCUAAAGAUUUAUUUCUAGUUUGUGUAUUUGUAUGUUGUAAGCGUUUCCUAAUCUGUGUAUAUCUAGAUGUUUUUAAUAAGAUGUUCUAUUUUAAACUAUGUAAAUUGACUGAGAUAUAGGAGAGCUGAUAAUAUAUUAUAUGGUAAAUAGAGUAUGGUCUGCAUUCCAGCAAAAA